AUUCUUCUAUCAAUGAUUUUAUUGGUUGUACUCUAUGUUGCUUAAACCAAUCGCAUUGUAGCAUACGAAAAACAAGAAUGAUGAUUGGCUUUUUAAUUAAUUCUUAUUUUUUAAUGAAAAUAAUACUUUCUUUUAUUCUUCUUAUCUAAGAAUCUCAAAUAAUUUAUUAAGCCAAAAAUAUUCGUAUUCCGAUUGCGGCGAAAAAUGCAUAUGACAUCAAAUACGUUAAAUGUGAAAUUGUAAAAUCAUUCAAUCAAGAAUGCAAUAUUAGUUUGCAAAGAUAAUUAGAAAUAAACUUCAAAUAAAUAUCUUCUUAACAAUUCUGUAAAUUAAUAAUUAAAACGUUUUAAAAUUUCGUAAGUGGCGCACCCUUUUGAAUAAUUUCGUAUUCUUGCUUUUACGCGGUCCAUGUGGUCUGAUGUGGUCUCGAUUAUUAAAUGACAAUAUAGUGAACGUAUUUAGUUUUGUUUAAGUCAUAAGUAAUAUUAUUUUUAGUAUAAUAUAAUGGAAGAAGUUACAAAGUGCAGUUAUAUCAAUUGUCGUGAUCUUCGAGAAAAAGAACAAAUAUUUCACGAAUUACCAGUAAGCGAUAUUGGUUUAUGCGUUAAAUGGCUGGUAAACAGUGGUCAUGAAUAUUUAAUUGGACGCGACUUUGCAACUUUACGAUCGAUGAAAUUUUUUGUAUGCAGUAAUCAUUUCAAAAGUGAUUCUUAUUUAGCCAAAGGAACGCUGAAAGAAAAUGCUGUACCCCAACCAUAUUGGUAUUAUAAUACUGUUGGAAGAAUUAAUGAUAUGUCUUAUAUUGAACACGAAUCGAAGUUUGAUCAAGUUACAGCAAAAACAUAUACGCACCGUGCUCAUAACAUUUUUCAGUUUAAAGAACAAAGUGCAAAUACAACAGAAAAUAAUUUUCAUGAAGAAGGCUGGUGUAGAACUUGUGCUAUGAAAAAAAAUAAUGUAGUUAAUAUGACAUUAAAGAAAAGAAACACUGAAAUGAGUCUUCUUUCAAAACUAAAAUUAUUGAUAGAAAUUGAUGAUGAAGAUACAUUGCCAUUAAACAUGUGCUAUGAUUGUGUAAAGAAGUUGGAACAAUCCUUUCAGUUUUUUCAACAAAUUUAUAUAGCAGACAAUACAUUGCGUCAUAUUUUUCCUAAAGGUCAAUUAGAUAAUGAUUGUUAUGGUAUAACUAUAGAUAGAGUGGAUGGUUGCGUUAGCGAUAUAGAAUUUGAUCCAAUAUUACCAUCUAAUGAAGAUGAUCGAUUAUCAAUGAAUCAUGAAAGUAAUAAUGUAAUAAAGCCAAAAUUGUUAGAUACCAAAGACAAUGAAAGAUCUUUAUCUAAGAAAGUCCCAACAAAUGAAAAAUUAUUGAAAGAUACAUCUGCCAGUGAUAAGUGUGGCACUGUAUUUUCAUUACUUACAGAUACUUGCCAUAGCGAUGAAGAACUUCAUUGGACAGAUGUUUUGAAUGCGAUAGAACGCCAAAAGAUUACAUUUUUGCAAAAACAAGUACCUAUGCGUAGAACAAAAAUAUCUUGUGAAUUCUGUAUUAGCAAGUUUAGAUUAAGACGUCAGUUGAAGACACAUUUAAUUACUCAUCAUCCUAAACUCGUUAGAACUAUGUGUAUGGAUUGUAUCAUCUACUAUGAGAAUGAACUUCUUCUCUUAGAACAUCGUGCUAUUGAACAUAAUGAUGAUCAAUGGUAUAGAUGUGAUCAUUGUCAAAAAGUUUUUUCUAGAAAAAAAGGUUUGAGAUUACAUAUUACUAGAUCACACCAAAGAAAAAAAUGCUAUUCAUGUGAUUUAUGUAAACAACAAUUUACAUCAAAACAAAAUUUAUCUUUACAUAUUGAAAGUGGUCAUCCAUGUGUGAAUAUAAAAAAAGAAACAUUGCUUGAUCAAGAAAUUAAAGAUGUAUGCAUGGUUAACUUUGAUCUUGAUAAUGCUGAUCAAUCCAACAAUUCAAAGAUAUCUCUUAUAGAAGAACCAAAAAUAGCAGAUGUAUCUAUAGAUAAAGAUUUUAAUCAUACGGAUUUAUCUUCCACUUGUCCUAACAAUGAAUCACAAUCCAUGCAAUUAGAAAAAACUAUCCAUUCUGUUGAAGAACUUAUUGAAAGCUAAUGUUUUACUUUAUAUGUUUCUGUAUAGUUAUAUACAUGGAAAUAUGUGUGGGAUUUCAUGACUAGAACAAAUAGAUGUAAAAUAAAGAAAUAAUUGAUAUCUUGAAUUACUAUAAAAUGAUAUAAAGUGAUCAAGAUUAUAAAGCAAUAGAUAUUGAAAGAUAUUCUCACAUAAAUUGAAUCAUUACAAUUUUUUAAAAUAUAUACUCUCCAUCAUUGUAUUAUCAUUAAAAAAUAGUUAAUUGAUUACAUACACGUUAUAUAGCUUUUGUUUUUAACAAUAAAGAUAUUUGCAAAUAGAACUUUGAUGAAUA